AACAAAUUCAUGAUGAGUUUGAUUUUCGCAACCACUAGAUUUGUAGCUGUGCAAUUUAUACUUAAAUACAGGAAGCUACAGCAAAACAAUGUCGCGCUGCGAAAAAAUUUUCAGCAGAAAAUGACAAUUUGUGGCUUUCUAAAUGUCCCAAUGUUAAUGGGGGCACUAUUUUGGAAGUCACAAGCACAAUCCUCAGAUCCCAAAAAAAACACAAUUUCUGCGACUCUAGAUCGCGCUGAUCAAUUGUUUGAAAAUGGGCAUAUUGAGGAAUGCUACCAAUAUUUAAAAAACUGCCAGAACAAUGAUGUAGAAAUACAGUGGAGACUUUGCCGGGCAAUGUAUAACAUGGCAAAGGAAUCAAAAUAUGAAAAGUCAUAUAAAAGGCAAUUAAUAUCAGAAGCAUAUCAAAUUAUAUCUAGUAUACUGGAAGUCAAUUAUGAAAACUAUGCUGUACAUAAGUGGUAUGCAUUAUUGCUUGAUGCAGAAAGCACAGAGAUUGGCCUCAAGGAACGGAUAAAGCAACUGGAAAAUGUGAAGAAACAUAUGGAUAUGGCCGUUCUACACAAUCCAAAUGAUGCAACUACUUUAUACAUGCUAGGAGAAUGGUGUUAUCAAGUCAGUGAAAUGCCGUGGCAUCAAAGGAAAAUAGCAGAGACCUUCUUUGCAUCACCUCCUUAUUCUACUUAUGAAGAAGCAUUGGAAUAUUUCCUUAAAGCAGAAUCAACUCGGCCAAGAUUUUAUAGUUUAAACUUGCUUAGAUUAGGGAACUGCUAUUUAAAAUUGAAAAAAGAAGAUCAAGCUAAAUAUUACUUGAAGCUUGCAGCUAGUUAUCCAGCUAAGACAAAUGAUGAUCAUCAAGCAAACAAAGAAGCUGCAGAAUUACUGAAGCAAUUAAAAUGAUUCAUUACACGUAAAAACGCUAAUUCAAUUAUUUAUACUGAUAAUA